AUGUCUCCUCAUGCAACGACACCGCCUCGUAUGCCACACAGCCAACCGGCUCAUCCCAUCACAGUCUUUGCAUCCUCGAGGGCGGUAAUCGCUGGUCGAUUGACUGAGGCUACUAUCGUUGUUUCAACUGUUACAGGGAAGAUCACAUCCAUCUUUCAUUCCGUAGUUCCGGCGUCAGACUUCCCCGAGGGUACAGCAUAUACAGAUUACUCCCCAAACAUCCUACUUCCUGGUUUGGUAGAUGCUCAUGUACACCUCAACGAGCCUGGUCGUACGGAAUGGGAAGGUUUUUGGACUGGUACCCGAGCUGCUGCAUUCGGAGGUGUUACUACAGUCAUUGACAUGCCACUCAAUGCCAUACCGCCAACCACAACUGUGGAGAACCUUAACAUCAAAGUCGAAGCUGCCAAAGGAAAAUGCUGGGUCGACGUUGGCUUCUACGGCGGCAUCAUUCCCGGUAAUGACAAAGACCUCAAAGACUUGGUUAGUGCGGGUGUACGGGGCUUCAAAGGCUUCUUGUGCGACAGUGGUGUCGAAGAGUUCCCGGCCGUAUCAUCGCUAGACAUCCAGAAGGCUCUAAUCGAGCUCAAAGACUCGAAAACAACGCUCAUGUUCCACGCUGAAAUGAUCCCACCAAUCACCGAUUCCGUAGGCGAUGAUAUUCAGUGCUCCCUGCCUCCUCUCGCCCCAAAAGGUCCCCUAACCUCUUACUUCACCUUCCUUGAAAGCCGACCCCCAGUGUUCGAAACCUGCGCCGUAGCAGAGAUUCUUUCUCUAGCCCACCUAGCCCCCGAGCUCCAACUCCACAUUGUGCACCUCUCCGCCAUCGAAGCUAUCCCCAUGAUCCGCGAAGCACGUGCCAAAGGUGUCAAAAUCACGGCGGAGACAUGUUUCCACUACCUCGCCCUUGCGGCCGAAGGCAUCCAAGAAGGCGACACAAGACACAAGUGCUGUCCCCCCAUCCGCUCGCAAUCAAACCAAGACGGCCUCUGGGAGGAGCUCCUUCAGGACCUGGCUGAUGGUGUCAUCAAGACUGUAGUCUCUGAUCAUUCACCCUGCACACCGGAAAUCAAACUUCUACCUCCCCACCUGGUGCCCGAGAACUGCGACUCCAGCGCCAGCUCAGAGGGCAAGACGGAAGAUGAAAAGGAAAAAGGAGACUUCUUUAGCGCCUGGGGUGGUAUUUCCAGCGUCGGUCUCGGCCUACCCAUCCUAUGGACCGAGGGAACAAAACGCGAUGCAAACUUCAGCAUCGAAGAAGUCGUGCGCUGGUGUUGCAAGAAUACCGCACUGCAGGUUGGAUUGGAGAAGAGCAAAGGGGACCUCGGGGUAGGAUUUGAUGCCGACAUUGUUGUUUUCGACGAUUCUGCAACCUUCCUGGUCGAGCCGAGCACAAUGCUCUUCCGCAAUAAAGUCUCGCCGUAUGAGAAUAAGACGCUCAAGGGUGUUGUCCGUGAGACUUGGUUGAGAGGUCGGCGUAUCUUUUCAAGGGAAGAUGGGUUUAUGGAGAAGAUGGGGCCGAUGGGUAAACAGCUACUUGAACCAAGGGUAUAA